AUGUCGCCAACAUUUCUCAGCAAAAGAUACUACUGCAACAACUAUAGCUAUUCAUAUGGUAGCUACAAUUGCAGCAGCGGAUGGUACAAUUGGGGUCGAUGGGUGCUACUAGCUAUCCUUAUCGCUCUCGCAUUUCUGUUCUUUUUCUUCUUCUCAUGCAUCACGUCGCGUCGACGACGCCGCGCAGGUCGCCAGCCUUUCUACGGCACCGCCUGGCUGGGGGGUAAACCCCCUGUGGGCCACGGUCCUGCAACGUACAACAACAACAAUACCAACAACAACCCAGGAGGACCUCAGCCAUACUAUGGAUCAUACUACCAGCCUCCUGCGCCGCCGUACUCGCCUCCCGCGAAUCACACUUACUACGGUAACGGGCCGCCCCAGCAAUCCGGCGUCGAGCUCCAGCAGCCGCAGAAUUCGUACCAGCCGUAUCGCACCCCCGAAGACAAUGUGUAUUCGCCUCCGCCGGGACCCCCUCCAGGUCAUCCUAAGCAGGGAGAUGGGAUUGUGAGAUGA